CCCGAGCUGCCGCGGCGCUCGGACGGGCACCGGCACCGACUGACACCGGGACUGACCCCGGGAACGGGGCUACCGGGGCCUCUCCCAGCCCUCAAUGACCCUGAACACGCAGCACGGGAGCAGGAGCCCGCUGCGGAGGAGGGCCAGCACCCCUCUGCCGCGGCCGGGGGCGCCGGGGGUCGCGCCGCGGGCCGAGCCGUCUCACCGGCAGCUCGGUCCCGCUCACCCGCAGCUCGGUCCCGCUCACCCGCAGCUCCGUCCCGCUCACCCGCAGCUCGGUCCCUCAGCGUCCGAGCCCGGCGGCAGAGCCGCGGCACCCCGGGGCAGCUGCUCCUCGGGCUCGUCGGGCUCCUCCGGGCCCUGGGACCCCCUGUACCGCGUGGUGCUGCUGGGUGACCCCGGGGUGGGCAAGAGCAGCCUGGCCACCCUCUUCGCCGGCGUCCAGGAGCGGGAUGUGCUGGAGCAGCACAGAGAGGCCGUGUACGAGCGCACAUUGUCCGUGGAUGGCCAGGAGACCACGCUGCUGCUGCUGGACACGUGGGAGCCCGAGCAGCGGGGGGAGCAGAGCUGGCGCCGUGGGCACUGUCUGCAGGUGGGCAGUGCCUAUGUCAUCGUCUACUCCGUCACCGACCGCGGCAGCUUCGAGAGCGCCUCGGAGCUGCGGAUCCAGCUGCGCCGCGCGCGCCAGCCCGAGGACGUCCCCGUCAUCCUGGUGGGCAACAAAACCGACCUGGUGCGGUGCCGAGAGGUCUCCAUCGAAGAGGGCCGCGCCUGCGCCGCCGUGUUCGACUGCAAGUUCAUCGAGACGUCGGCGGCUCUGCAGCACAACGUGGACGAGCUGUUCGAGGGGGUGGUGCGGCAGAUCCGGCUGCGCCGCGCCGGCCAGGAGUCCCACCCGCACCCUGCGCCCGGCCAGAAGCGCAAGGAGAGCCUCACCAAGAGAGCCCGGCACUUCCUCGACAGGCUGGUGGCCGGGAACAGCAGCAAAGUGGCUCUCAAAGUCCGCUCCAAGUCCUGCCAUGACCUGUCCGUGCUCUGAGAGCCUCGGCCGUCCUGUCCCACUGCUCGGGGGAUGGGGCACGACGCUGCUCUCUGCCGGCAGCGGGGCCGGCGGCUCCCUGCAGAGCCCAGACAGGGCCAGAGUGCUGCUGAGGCCGUGCAGCUGUUUCCAGCGGUGCUGAGGGAUGCUCGGGGCGCUCUGGAUGCGGCCACUUCUCCUGGAGGAGCAGGGCUGAGUCCCCUGAGCUGCAGCCACGGAGCAGGGGGUGGGACAGGCGCCUGCGCUGGGGGUGGUGGGUUCUGGGUUCCAGACUCU